UCGUCACUCGGAGAGGGAGUUACCCUCGACUCAGUGUUGGGACGCAGCACGGACUAUACACUAACAGAACAAACUCUCUUCAUGAGUUUUUGUGACAUUGUAUAACAGUUUGUGGACAUAUUCAGGUGAAGUCGGAGCAGAUUACUGCGAGAACGGAAGACAGACUGAAGAAAGUUUAACAAACGGCUAGGCGGCGAAUCACAUUUUCCAUGAAGAUGUACAAUGAAUAGGCUAAUUGACUUCCAUAAAGCCGCUUUUUGAGUUUUGUGUCGAAACAAUCAAACGCGACGUCUUAAUAAAUUCUUUAUUCUUUGGUAGCCUAUGUUUAAGAACCCUUUACAUAUAAUAGUGCUAUUUUAAUAGUUUAAUCGGUGGUCUACAGUUUUACUGGUUAUAUUUUCAUGUAUAUACAUAUGUAAACAAAACCGAGAUACUAUAUUUUCGCCAUGUAGCUUUGUUUUCCUGUCGUCACGCUUGUGAGAUGGUUGUGUUGUGGAUUUGUGUCGUGGGAGGAAUGUGAGUGGAAGUGUCUCUCUCAUGGAGCUUCAGGUGCUCUGCGGAUUGCUCUACUGGUGCCUGCUGCCCAUCUCUUUACUGGCAGCCUGCAUAUUUCGCUACAACGCUCUCUCUUUAGUCUACCUUCUGUACCUGCUGCUAUUACCAUGGUUUCAAUGGCCCAACAAACACACACUAAGAGGACACACUGGACGUUACAUCAAGGCCCUUUUCAGCACCAGUCUGAUUUUCCUCUUGGCACAUGUCAUCUUUCAGAUCUGCCUGCAUACCGUCCCCAGCCUUGAUAAUGCUCUGGGACACAACUGCAGCACAUGGGAGACUCUAUCAAGACAUGUCGGAGUGUCCAGGCUUCCUCUGGAAGAUCCUUGGAGCAUGGUGUGGAUCCUGACACCAGAUCUUGGGAUCUUCAUCAUCACUCUAAUAACCCUGAUACUGUGUAACCGUCUGUUGAAGAAGAGAGAGGAGGGAUCCAUGCCUCAAAUGUCUACACUUCUCCAGGAGGAGGAUGAAAGGGAAGAUGAUGAUGAUGUAGAAGGAGAAGAUGAGGGAAUGUUAUCAUGUAGUGAGACAGAAGAUGAGGAGAGUCCUUACUCAAGAAGCAGGGCGGCACAGUUAGCUGCCCGCCUGCGUGCCACAGCACAGCGCUUCCUCAGGAACAUGGGCCGCAUCCUGGCUGUCACACUACUAGCACUAGCUGGAAUCACUUUACCCUCUGCGUUCUCUGCCUUCUACUUCCUUCUCUUUAUUGGACUGUGCACGUGGUGGGCUUGCCACUUUCCCAUCAGCCAUCUUGGAUUUAAUGCAUUGUGCGUGAUGGUGGCUUUCUUCACAGGGGGAGACCUGGUGUGUCUUUACCUGUAUCAGAGCUCAUUUGCACAAGACAUGUUCUCCCCAGCGGGCCUGUGGGCCAGACUGUUUGGCCUGAAGGAUAUAAUAAGGCCUGGAAACUGCUCUUCUUUUGACAUCAACCUCAACACGCAACAUGACUGGCCGGUGUACGUCAAUCCUGGGAUUCUUUUCCUCUUGUACAUUUCUGUGACUAUAGUGCUGAAAAUCAGCAGUCACAGUCUUGGCCACACAGACAAGGCCGAUGAGGGUGGAGCAGUUAAAGCAGUACAGGGUGAGGCUGGAGAGGAAGUGGAGCUCAGGCCUUGGGAGGCAAGUAGACAUAGUAAUGAAGAUGACACUAAGCAAACACUUCUCACCACGGGAGAGUCACCUCUGUCUGAAUCACAGAUGUCUGAAGAACCUGUGAACAGUGGUUCAAGUCAGCAUGACAUAGGGCCCAGUGGAGAGGCUGCAGCCGAUAAUCCUCUUCGUCUGGUGGGACGAAUGAUCUUGCAUCAAAGUUACAUUUGUGCCCUCAUAGCCAUGAUGGUCUGGAGUAUAACAUACCAUAGCUGGCUGACAUUUGUGCUGCUGCUGUGGUCAUGCUUGAUCUGGAUGCUGCGGGCACGUCAACGCUUUGCCACAUUUUGCUCUCCCUUCAUUCUAUUGUAUGGUUUAGCUCUUUGCUGCCUGCAGUAUGUGUGGGCCAUGGACCUAGAAACAGAACUGCCCCAGUACAUUGGCACCAUGAGCCUGCGCCAGCUGGGUUUGGACCGAGCACAGUACCCCUGUUUGCGUUUAGGGGCCAUGCUGCUGUUCACGUUGACAUUUUGGCUUUUGCUGAGACAGUCUGUAAAGGACAUGUUCAGCAGGAAGAAGAGAAUAACUGCACCACUGCAGGAGGUCACCACUGGAGAGGGCACAGGUCGAAAUGAGUCGAUUUUGAAGGUGUUUGGUGGUCUGGUGAUUAGUCUGUACGCUAAGUACUGGAUCUACGUGUGUGGUGGCAUGUUCAUCAUGGUCAGCUUUGCAGGAAAGCUUGUAGCCUACAAGAUAGUCUACAUGCUUCUAUUUCUGCUUUGCCUGUGCCUGUAUCAGGUGUACUAUUCUCUCUGGAGGAGGUUGCUGAAGGCCUUCUGGUGGAUGGUGGUGGCCUACACCAUGGUGGUGCUCAUUGCUAUAUACACCUUUCAAUUUGAAGACUUUCCAGGCUAUUGGGGAAACUUCACUGGAUUCACAGAACAACAGUUGUCUGACAUGGGGCUGGAGACGUUUAAACUAUCUGAGCUCUUCACCAGUAUUGUGAUCCCAGGUUUCUUCUUGUUGGCCUGUAUUCUACAGCUUCACUACUUCCAUAAGCCCUUUAUGAAGAUCACAGAUCUGGAGAAUGUCACACCCAUCAACAGGAAGAGAGGUAUAGAGAAUCCAGAUUUGGUUCGAUCCACAGAGGAAGUAAGAGUUGAGGAGGAAGAUCUCAUUACAGAGCAGGGUGAUGAUGAUCCAUCAGAGGUUGACGAAGUGAUACCCAGCAAGUGGGGACUGGUGAUGGACAGACUAAUGGUUCUGUCUAGCAAGUUCUCUGACACCUUAACCCAUGUCCAAAGUUUCAUUUGGAGAGUAUUGGAGCUGCACAUCAUCAAAAUUGUGGCUUAUUGUGUCGUCUGGGUGGCGCUAUUGGAGCACACCAGAGAAACAGCCAUCUGCUUCCACCUAUCUUGUUAUGAGCCAUCUGCAAUGAACUUGGUCUUGGUGGUGCUGUGGAGUUUUGCCAUGCCUUACGGCCGUUUCAGAGCAAUGGCCUCUUGUCUCUGCACCAUCUGGGUUUGUGUCAUCAUUGUCUGCAAGAUGCUGUAUCAGCUCAGUGUAGUCAACCCUGCGGAGUACUCCAACAACUGCACUGUGCCAAUGGUCAAUGAAACCAGUCUAGAACCGGAUGAAAUGCUGAACUCCACCCUGUAUAAAUCACCUGUGGACCCUGCCAAGUGGUUUGGUGUGAGGAAAGAUGCUACUAUCCUUGGUUACACCAAGGAUCAUCUGCUGGUUCUCAUGCUGCUGGUGUUUGAGGCAACAGUGUACCGGCACCAGAUUCAUCACUAUAGACAACUGCAGUGCUCACCUCCCCCAAUUCCAGUCAUCUUUCCCAAGACCACCCGUGACACGCUUGACAAGGGUCUCCUUCACUGCAUCAAAUACCUGCUCGACUACAGCUUCUACAAGUUUGGCCUUGAAAUCUGCUUUCUCAUGACUGUGAAUGUUAUUGGCCAGCGUAUGAACUUCGUGGUUAUUAUCCACGGCUGUUGGUUGGUGGCCAUCAUGGUGCAGCGACGCAGGGCAGCCAUUGCCAAGACCUGGUCAAAGUACUGCCUGUUUCUGGUUGUCUUCAUGAUAUACCAGUAUGUUCUGUGUGUGGGUAUCCCUCCUGCACUCUGUAUAGAUUACCCCUGGAGAUGGAGAACCUCUGUAACUAUCCAUUCAGCUCUGGUUAAAUGGAUCUACUUACCUGACUUCUACACCAUCCCCAACUCUAGAAACCUCAUAUCGGACUUCCUUUUGCUGAUGUGUGCCUCCCAGCAGUGGGCUGUGUUUGAAAAUGAGAAAAAGGAGGCAUGGAUGGUCAUGGGAGGUGAGAACAAAGACAACCCUGACCCCAUGGAGGAUAUGCCCUUCAACCCAGCCCCAAACUUCAUCAAUUGCAGGUCCUAUCUGGACAUGGCAAAGGUCCUGGUGUUCCGGUACAUGUUCUGGUUUGUGCUGUCGGUGGUGUUUGUGACCGGAGCCACUCGGAUCAGUGUGUUUGGUUUGGGGUAUCUUAUGGCCUGCUUCUUCUUCCUGCUCUUCGGCACACGGCUGCUGAUCAAGCCAUCACGUACACGUCUGGUCCUGUGGGACUGUCUGAUCAUGUACAAUGUGGCUGUGAUCAUUUCCAAGAACAUCCUGUCUAUCCUGGCCUGUGUGUUUGUGCUGGAGAUGCAGAAGAACUUCUGCUGGGUGAUUCAGCUCUUCAGUCUGGUGUGCACAGUCAAAGGCUACUAUGACCCUAAUUCAGUGUCUGGUAAAGAAUGCUCUCUGCCUGUGGAAGAGGCUGGCAUUAUCUGGGACAGUAUCUGUUUCUUCUUCCUCCUGCUACAGAGGAGAGUCUUCCUCAGUUUUUACUUUUUGCACGUAUCUGCAGAUCUUCAAGCAUCAGCUCGACAGGCCUCUCGGGGUUUCGAGCUGUUCCGAGCCAGCAUUAUAAAGAGCAUGCAUUUCUAUCAGCAGGCAGAGAAGAAGUCACUUCAGCAGCUAAAGGAAUCGAUGAAACGCAUACUUGACAAACAGCAGAAGUAUAAAGAAGGACGCAAAACUUCAGAUAUAGAGGAGCUGCCAUCAGACUCCAAGGAACAGAAGAAGGACAGACAAUUAUCAAAGUCCAAACAGUGGCAGUAUCCUUGGAUGGACCAUGCAAAUGUGUUGCAUUCUGGGGAAUACUACAUGUUUGAGUCUGACAGCGGAGAGGAAGAUGAAUCCUUUCAGGAGGAGCAGAAACCUCGUCAACAGACUGCCUUUGAGCUGGCAUACCAGGCUUGGGUCACCAGCGCAAAAGAAGCUCUGAAAGAGCGUCAGCAGAGACAGAAAGAGCAGAGAGCGGAAGCAAAGAAGCAACAAACCUCUCAGGCUACAGAUGACACUGAGGACGGCGGAGCAGUUUUUGAUGGGAAAGAAGUGGAGGAGAUGCAAGAGGAAGGCGAUGAUGUGGCAUCUCAAGCCACUGGCAGUGAUACAGUUCAAAGGAUUCUGGACAUACUGAAGUUCCUGUGGGUGCUCUUCCUGGCCAUGGUGGACGGAUUCACUAUGUGGCUUAAUUUGCUCACCAAGCAGUAUGUUGACACUUCUACGAUCCUCUCUGAGGAGCGCUACCUCUUCAUCCACAACAUCAGCCAGAGACCCUCCAGAGAGCACAUGGAUGAUCAGAUAUCACAGGACAGUGAGAACCUCACUGUUGAGACAUGCCUCGAUGAAACGGACACAGACAAUGUUCGCUUCAACAGUAACAUCGAUGUGAUUGAGUUGGAGACACUGGGUGGUUUUCCAAAGUCCCGUGACUUCAGCAGCACAACUCUAUCCUCUGAACUCACGUUAGAGCUUGAUACAGAACCCUUUUACAGCCAACACACCCACCGCCCUCAACGCUCCAGGACUGCAAGUGAACUGCUUGCAGAAAGGCCGUUAAGUGUUGAGGAGUUGAUACAGAGUCGUGAAUUCUACUCGUCUCAGAACCGACUGCUGAAGCUGCUCUUUGCGCUCUAUAAUGUACUGGCGGCCCACUCUGAGCUGGUCUGUUACUUCAUUAUCAUGCUCAAUAACCUGGUGACAGCCUCUGUCAUCUCACUAGUGCUGCCCAUUCUCGUCUUUCUCUGGGCAAUGCUGUCUGUGCCACGACCUUCCAAGAGGUUCUGGAUGACGGCCAUCAUCUACACAGAGGUCAUGGUGGUGGUCAAAUACCUGUUUCAGUUUGGCUUCUUCCCGUGGAAUACUGACUAUGAGCUGAAGUUAAAUGAGGACAAGCCGUUCUUCCCUCCUCGCAUCAUGGGACUGGAGAAAACUGACAACUACAUCCGUUAUGAUUUGCUCCAGCUAUUGGUCCUCUUUUUUCACCGGUCACUUCUCCAGCGUUAUGGUCUCUGGGACCAAGAGGGCCCUCUGGAAGAGAAGAGCAAUCUUUCAUCUGUGGAGAAGAACAAGAAUGAAAGAGACGAGAAAGACUUUCAACUCUCAGAUGAAGAGGAGAGCCGACCACAGCCAGAGCCCGUCCCGGAGGUGCUGUCAAUGACACCAUCAACAGAAACACUGACCGAUGCUGAAAUACAGACUGACCCAGAGCCCAACAUACAAACUAAUACCACAGAAACCAUUGAUACAGUGAAAGAGGAUGGAAAGAAGAAGAGUCCUUUCCUUCGCUUCCGCAAGAAAAAACUGUCAGAAAUAGACACCAGACAGAAGGAACCCAAGAAGAAAAAGAAGUCCAAGAAACGCAGCAAAGACACCAGUAAAAAAAUCUUGAAUGCUAUUGGAGGAAAAUUCAAAGGACUUUUCUUAUCCAUAGUGAACAAUGUCUAUAAGCCAACCUGUGGAUUCUUCCAGAACAUCCUUCAUGCAGAAUAUCGAGCAGCUACUGAUGUCUACGCUCUUAUGUUUCUUACUGACGUGGUGGAUUUUAUCAUCAUCAUAUUCGGUUUCUGGGCUUUUGGAAAAUACUCGGCGGCAGCAGAUAUAGCCUCCUCUCUGUCUGAGGACCAGGUCCCCGAGGCGUUUCUAGUCAUGCUCCUCAUUCAGUUCAGCACUAUGAUCAUUGACCGUGCACUUUACUUGCGGAAGAGCAUCUUGGGAAAGCUCAUCUUCCAGAUUAUACUGGUUUUCGGCAUCCACCUGUGGAUGUUCUUCAUCCUUCCUGCUGUUACUGAGAGGAUGUUCAAUCAUAAUUCAGUGGCCCAGCUCUGGUAUUUUUUCAAGUGCAUCUACUUCACUUUGUCAGCGUAUCAGAUCCGUUGUGGCUACCCUACACGAAUCCUUGGAAACUUCCUGACCAAGAAAUUCAAUCACCUCAACCUCUUCCUUUUCCAAGGGUUCCGCCUGGUUCCUUUUUUAGUUGAGCUUCGAGCAGUGAUGGACUGGGUUUGGACAGAUACGACACUGUCUCUCUCCGACUGGAUGUGUGUGGAGGAUAUCUACGCUAAUAUCUUCAUCAUUAAAUGUAGCCGAGAGACAGAAAAGAAAUAUCCCCAACCAAGAGGGCAAAAGAAAAAGAGGAUUGUCAAAUAUGGAAUGGGCGGCCUUAUCAUUCUGUUCCUCAUUUGCAUCAUUUGGUUCCCACUACUCUUCAUUUCACUGGUUAAGUCUGUAGUGGGUGUGGUUAACCAUCCCAUUGAUGUUACCGUCACAGUCAGGCUUGGUGGUUAUGAGCCUUUAUUUACCAUGAGUGUGCAGCAGCAGUCCAUCCAGCCUUUCAUUGAGCAGGACUAUAAUCGUCUCACCAAUCGGUUUGGAAAAAACGCUGUGGCCAUGCAGUUUAUUACCUUGUACAGCUAUGAAGACAUAGUCACAGCCAACAUCGAGGGCAGCUCAGGGUCAGUGUGGCGGAUCAGCCCACCUAGCAGACAGGAGCUAAUAAAGGAACUGCUUGGCAGCACAGGUGACAUGACCCUCCGUCUGGAUUGGAACUUCCAAAGGGAUCUGGGGAAAGGUGGGACAGUAGAACAUACUUUUGACAAGCACUCCAUCAGUUUGUCAAAGAAGAACCCAGUCAGAGCAGACCUGGCUUCGCUGCUUCUGGGCACCCGGAAGGAUCCUGUACACGUGCCACACAUGUUUCCUAACUACAUCAGAGCACCUACUGGAGCUGAAGCAAAACCAGUUAGCCAGCUGUAUGAAGGUGAUGAGGAUGGAUAUCAAAAUGUGACUUUGUCACUGAUGAGGGAAGCCUCUGUGAAUACCACUGGAGCUCAGGAGUGGUGGGACAUCAGCAUUGCAGACUGCAGGGAGUCCUGUGGUGUUCUACCUAUGGUCAUCUUUAACGACAAAGUUAGCCCUCCAAGUUUGGGAUUUCUGGCAGGAUAUGGGAUCAUGGGUCUUUAUGUGUCAGUGGUUCUGGUCAUUGGCAAGUUUGUGCGAGGCUUUUUCAGCGAGAUCUCUCACUCCAUCAUGUUUGAAGAGCUGCCAUGUGUGGACCGCAUCCUCAAACUAUGCAUGGACAUUUUCCUGGUGCGGGAAACUGGAGAACUGGAGCUGGAGGAAGAGCUUUACUCCAAACUCAUCUUCCUCUAUCGCUCUCCAGAGACUAUGAUCAAGUGGACAAGAGAAAAGAAUGAAGACUGAAACUGUUUUGUAGCUGGUGCAGCAUCGCAUGGUUAGACGUUCUGCAUCAUGAUGUCCACUUCGGCCUCCAGGCCAGCUGGAACCAGUAGAGCUUUACUGCUCUUGUGACAUUGUAUAAGUUAAAUGAUUCAAUGUCUUAUGAACAAGGAGUCUAUAGCCAUUUCUCCAAUGCUAGGGACGUUUUUGGCUUCUUUGCACUCAGAGGUUGGAUAACUGGGGUCAGGUUAAGCCUCGGUGCGUUAUUCUACCUGGACUGUGUUUAUUUUUUUCAGUAAGCUUUAAAAUCAGCCUCUCUCGAAGCGACUCGAUGUGAGUGAUUAAGACGCUAGCCGUAAGGACCUGAAGACGCUAACCCAGUGUCCUAGUUGACUAGUGGGCGCAGAAUGGUAGGACAGUCCAAAUCCAAACACUAUUAGAGUGAAUCUCGCAAAACCCUGUCUGGGUUAUACUUUAUCCCAAAAUAACAGGAAGUUAUAUUUUAGGAGUUUCUUUCUUCUGUUGAACAAAAUGGUAUUUUAAAAAUGCAUGUUACCAAACGGUUGCUUGUCCUCACUGACUUCCAUAUUAUGGAGAGGGUGAAAAAAAUGCACUCAGUUGGAAAUGGGUACCAGAAACCAUUUGGUUAGCAGAAUUCUUCAAAAACAUUUUGUGUUCAGUAGAGGUUUGGAACAACAUAAGGCUGAGUAAAUCGUGACAGAAUUAAAAACAUUUUCAGUACACUUUCCCUUUAAGAUUUUGUUUGGUAUAGGAAGUCUAUAAGAGUUUGACAACUGUCUAAUU